GGUGUCCUCCGUCCCAUUUGACAUACGGUCUACUUCAUCCACUCGAGGUCUCUCUCUCUCUCUCUCUCGUUUUUUCUCUCUGCUCUGUUCUGUACUUUUCGAUCUCUCUCUCUCUCUCUCUCUCUCUCUCUCUCUAAAAAACUGCGGCAGUUUCCGGUGAGGGAGGAGGAAGGAGGGGACCCUCCAUGGCGGAGGCGACGAAGCAUCCACCGGGAACUUUGCUUUCAGACCUGAAGGCUUUCUCUUUCCUGUUCAGAACUCGAAGAACCAUGGCCUUCGCUUAUGUGUUCAUGUUCGUUUUCGUCCUCUUCACCGGCUUCAUCGUCUUCAACCCUUCUUCGACCUCCUCUGCUUCCCCCCGGUUCUCCAACGUCUUCUCUGCCACUGUUAUUCCUGCUCGCUCUAACGGAUCUCACUUCUCUUCAAUCUUCUCUUAUUUCUUCCCCAAUUCACCGCCGCAGGGCAACAGUUACUUCCGCUCUUCUCCCGCGCGUUCAAACGCAGCUUCUUCCCAGAAAGCUCUCAACUUUACUGCUUCUCCUGGUCGUACAGAUGCGCCCAGAUCUGGCCAGAAAACGAAAGAACAACAAUCCGGCGCGAAAACUCAGACCAAUGCCGGAGCUUUGAAGCCCAAUCGGACUCCGAUUUCGCCCCAUAAAGGAGUUCCGAAUAAGAUUAAUCAGAGUACUGUUGCGGCCCCGAGAAAAAUCCCAAAGAAGACUAAUCAGAGUGUUGUUGCGGCCCUGAAAACAGUUCCGAAGAAAACUAAUCAAAGUACAGUUUUGGCUCCGAAAACAGUUCCGAAGAACAGUAAUCAGCGUACGGUGGCGGCCCCGAAUACCCCGGCGCAGGCGACUAAGCCGCCAAAUUCGCCGGUGAAUUCGUAUUCUGGGAAGGCGGAGAAGGGUGCGGCUUCGAAUUUCACGGCGUUGAAGAAACAGGGCAAUGGGUCUGGGUCUGGGUCUAGUUCGGGUUUGGGUGUGUCGGCGGAACAGGGGAAGAACAAAUUGUUGGAGUCUUUGAUGAACUGUGAUUUUUUUGAUGGGGAAUGGGUGAGAGAUGAUUCUUACCCACUUUACAAGCCUGGGUCUUGUUCUCUGAUCGACGAACAGUUCAAUUGUUUUCUCAAUGGCAGGCCUGAUAAAGAUCAUCAGAAACUCAAAUGGAAACCCAGAGGCUGCAAUCUCCCAAGGUUGAAUGGAAGUCAUAUGCUGGAAAUGUUAAGAGGAAGGAGACUGGUUUUUGUCGGCGAUUCUCUCAAUCGGAACAUGUGGGAGUCUCUGGUUUGCAUUCUCAGAAAUUCUGCAAAAGACAAAAGCAAAGUUUUUGAAGCCUCAGGGAGUCAAUAUUUCCGGAACGAAGCUUCUUAUUCUUUCGUUUUCCAAGAUUAUAACUGCACUGUGGAGUUCUUUGCAACUCCUUUCUUGGUUCAAGAAUGGGAAGUGCCCGACAAAAAUGGAUUGAAGAAGGAAACGCUUCGGCUCGAUAUGGUCGGGGAGACUUCGGAUAAGUACAAAGGUGCAGACAUCAUGAUCUUCAACACUGGGCACUGGUGGACUCAUGAAAAAACCUCAAGAGGGAAGGAUUAUUACCAAGAAGGUAGCCAUGUUUAUGAUGAGUUGAAUGUUGUUGAGGCGUUUCGAAGAGCUCUAACAACAUGGGGGAGAUGGAUUGAUGCCAAUGUUAACCCAGCGAAGAGUUUAGUUUUCUUCCGGGGUUAUUCAGCUUCACAUUUCAGUGGCGGGCAAUGGAACUCUGGCGGGCAAUGUGACAGCGAAACACAACCAAUCAGGAACGAGACAUACCUAACCGAGUACCCCCCGAAGAUGAGAGCCCUCGAAUCGGUUUUGAAGGGGAUGAAAACCCAUGUCACUUACUUGAACAUCACCAGAAUGACUGAUUACCGGAAAGAUGGUCAUCCAUCGAUAUACCGAAAGCAAAACCUAUCAGAAGAGGAACGGCGAUCCCCUCUGAGUUUCCAAGACUGCAGCCAUUGGUGCCUCCCAGGCGUCCCCGACGCAUGGAAUGAGCUCCUCUAUGCCGAGCUCCUGAUCAAACUUAAGCAGCAGCCGAAGAGACCAUAGGUAAACCUACUGUCUAGUGAUGAAGGGUUGAAAUGAAAUGACAGUUGGUUGGGCUAAAGAUCUUUUCUUUUUCUUUUUGGGAUUAUAAAAACAAACAGAAACAACUUGGGGAAGAUCCCAUAAGUGUUCUGUAAAAAUAUUUAGAGAUAAAACCUAAAAGACCCAAGUGGGUAUCUUUGGAGAGAGAGAGAGAGAGAGAGAGAGAGAGGUAAAGUACUAAAUAUAUUUUUGUUCGUAUGUUUGGGAAGGAGGAAAUUCCAAACAGGGUCGGAGAUGAGGAAAGGAAGAUUUUACAGGUCAAUUUUACAGCUGGGAACCUCAGUUUGUUCCACUACAUGUAUCCUUUUUUGCGCCACAAGAGGCUUAAAUAUUGUAAAUCCUAAAUUUAUUUUCUUUGUUUAUUUAUAGUAAAAAUAAAGUAAACGGAGUUGUAAUUAUUUGUUUCAUGGUAGAGGAUCAUCUAUGAUUUGAUUUUCUGAGAA